AUGGCGAUGCCUCAAGUCUCGCCCGAUGCGCGAUCCCGUAUGAGAAAUUCUUUGAAUAAGACAUCCUCUAAAGCACCGCAGCAAUCGUUCGAUGUGCCUGACAAUAGGAUCGCGCAUACAUUGACCGCUUGCGCAAGGUGUCGACAGCGGAAAUCUAGAUGCGAUGUAGGAAUCCCCAAAUGUGCCUCAUGCGAACGCAGUAACGCCAAAUGUGUCUAUUACGAUUCCUCCAAAAAUGCCACCAUACCACGAACCUAUAUCAUCUCGCUGCGCGAAAGGGCUCGGGCGUUGGAAAGUGAAGUCGAAAAACUCAAAAAUGAGAUUCAACAUGCUGCAGAUGCGGAAUUGAUGGUUCGAGGCGCUGGUCGCAUUCGAUUCAAGGAAAACGAUGAACCUCGGUAUCUAGGUCCCUCCAGCGGCAUUGCCAUCACUCGUCUGGUCAUGGAAAUGGCCAAACAACAUACCGACUCGAAGAGUAUUAAAGAUGUCGUCCCCGAAUUGACUGCCCAGGAAAUCAAAUCUACUUUCUCGGAAGAGAGUCUCAAACCUACGUCCAAAAUUUACCCCAUGAUCAGCUCCAUUCCCCAGCCCAAUUUACCCCCGCGCAAUCUGACUUAUCGACUCAUGGACCUAUUUGCUGUCAAGGCGCAAGCAAUGCUUCCAACGUUGCACUACCCCACGUUUCGUCGAGAAGUUGAGGAGGUUUUCGAUGGCUCCGAUGACUCUCGCCAGAACUUUCAACUUAGGAUAGUGAUUGCCAUCAGCAUGCAAAAACUGAGCACGGACUAUGCCGGUUUGGCGGAUAGCUACUACCUCGCUGCACUGCCAUACCUGGAGCCGUCCCUGAAAAGAAUGGACCUGGGAGCGCUACAAUGCCUUGCCCUCAUCGCCCAAUAUUCGAUGCUGACACCUACGAGGACUGCAGCUUACUGGGUCGUCGGAAUGGCAAUCAAAUUGUGUCAAGAUUUAGGACUGACUGAAGAGUCCACCGUUUCAGAGUCACCGACCGGUGAGUCAUUAAAUUGCUUAGAAGUGGAUAUGCGGAGGAGAUUAUUCUGGAUUGUCAUGUCAAUGGAAUUUGGCCUUUCACAUAGUCUUGGCCGUCCAAGCUGUCUUGCGGUCAGUCACGAUCAUGUCAACGUCAAGUUUUUUGAGCAGGUGGAUGAUCAGUACAUCACACCGGAUGGCAUUCUUCCCGGGGCAAAACCGAUAUUUACCAAGUGUAUUGCAAUACAUUUUUUGAAAAUGCGACUUUUGCAAGCGGAGAUCAGACGGACGCUCUACCUGAACAGACGCGACACCCCGGUCCAUGAUCACGAUCCAUGGUUCACGCAAAUGGAGGAAAAGAUGGAGCACUGGGUGGUCACUUGUCCUAAAAACGAUGGCGGUAGUGGGUUGGGUGAAACUUGGUUCCGCGGCCGACUAAAUACAAUGAUCGUGUUCCUCUAUCGACCAUCGCCUCAGGUCCCCGAGCCCUCUUCCAUCGCUGCCGAAAAAGCCUACAAGGCUUCAAUAUUCAACGUUGGCAUGCAACGACAGCAAAUCGCGACUGGCUCAGUGGACUUGACUUGGAUCUUCACUCAGUCGUUGUUUAUGGCCUUGAACACCAUCCUUUGGUCGCUCUCAUACCCUGAUAUUCGCAAGGACCAUCCGAUUGAAGAGGUCCAAGGCCAUCUCGACGUAGCGCUGGAAGCCAUAGUGCUUGCGGCCAAAAGAUGGCCUGGGGUUGAAUCAGCUCUGCUCCUCUACAGAAGUCUGGUGGCCGCAUGUCUCAAGGCAUACAAUACUGAAGAGUCGUUCGUCGUUCGCUCUCCAUCCAACCCAUCCAACCAUGCCACGCCCGGAUCGUGUCAAGACGUGAUGAGUCCUGAUAUGUCUAGCCCUUCAAGCAUAACUACAUCAUUGAAAUCGCACAAUGCCCGGUUCGGGAAACCUUCUAUUACGGACGGGUCAUCCACGGGCACGGUAUCACGGGCACACUCAGCAGAUCCUACUUUACCUUAUUCGCAUUCAUCAAUCUCAUCUACACCUCCCAUUGGGGUAGCGAAGCCAACAUCAUAUCAGAUAUGGACUCCACCGAUGCAGCAACAGCAGCAGCAGCAACAACAACAACAACAAAUACCUAUCUCAAACGACAGCCCCGCAACACAGUUCACAUCACCACCGUAUGCUGCACCGGCGGCCGCCUGCGGAGGUUUGCAAAUCGAUCCAACCACUCCAUUUAACAUCUUCCCGACUGUGGUUUCAGGCCUGCAGGGCUGGGACCCUGAAUUCAACCUUGCCUCCACAACAGCCGGUCAUCUGGCCUAUGUCGAAGCAGCUGUUGACCCAAUGAAUUGGACAAGCACCAUUGCGGAUCAAUACUCGCAGUAUCUCAACGCACCUCUCCCGGUUCCUUCGUGGCGUGAACGGACACUUAGCUACCAGGAGCAGGUGGAGCUGAUGGCGUCCUUGGAAGACAACAUACCCGAUGUGUCUGCGCAACUUAUGGGUGAUGCAUCGAACACUUUCUAUCAAUCAUGA